AUGGCGCCCGGCCAGCUCGCUUUAUUUAGUGUCUCGGACAAAUCCGGCCUCGUGGAAUUUGCCAGAAACCUAACUUGUGCAGGUUUGAAUCUGGUUGCUUCUGGAGGGACUGCAAAAGCUCUGAGGGAUGCCGGCCUAGCUGUACGCGAUGUCUCAGAGCUGACAGGAUUUCCUGAAAUGCUUGGGGGCCGUGUGAAAACCCUGCACCCUGCUGUGCACGCAGGAAUCUUGGCUCGUAAUAUCCCAGAAGAUAAUGCUGACAUGAGCAGACUUGAUUUCAAUCUUAUAAGAGUUGUUGUCUGCAAUCUGUAUCCAUUUGUGAAGACUGUGGCUUCUCCAGACGUUACUGUGGAGGCAGCCGUUGAACAAAUUGACAUUGGUGGGGUCACCUUACUGAGAGCAGCAGCUAAAAACCACGCACGUGUGACGGUCGUGUGUGACCCAGAGGACUACACAGCGGUGUCGGUGGAGAUGCAGAGCUCUGACAGCAAAGACACCUCCUUAGAGACUAGACGCCAGUUAGCCUUAAAGGCGUUCACUCAUACGGCACAAUAUGAUGAAGCAAUUUCAGAUUACUUCAGGAGACAGUAUAGUAAAGGACUAUCUCAGAUGCCCCUGAGGUAUGGAAUGAACCCUCACCAAACGCCUGCCCAGUUAUACACGCUGAGACCCAAGCUUCCCAUCACAGUUCUAAAUGGAGCCCCUGGGUUUAUAAACUUGUGCGAUGCCCUGAAUGCCUGGCAGCUGGUAAAGGAACUCAAAGAAGCCUUAGCCAUUCCAGCCGCUGCCUCUUUCAAACAUGUCAGUCCAGCAGGCGCUGCCGUUGGAAUUCCACUCAGUGAGGAUGAGGCCAAAGUCUGCAUGGUGUAUGAUCUCUACAAAGCCCUCACACCCCUAUCAACUGCAUACGCUAGAGCAAGAGGGGCUGAUAGAAUGUCUUCAUUUGGUGAUUUUGUUGCAUUAUCUGAUGUUUGUGAUGUCCCUACUGCCAAAAUUAUCUCCAGAGAGGUAUCUGAUGGCAUUAUUGCCCCAGGAUACGAAGAAGAAGCCUUGAAAAUUCUUUCUAAAAAGAAAAAUGGAAACUAUUGUGUUCUCCAGAUGGACCAGUCUUACAAACCAGAUGAAGAUGAAGUUCGAACUCUCUUUGGUCUUCGUUUAAGCCAGAAGAGAAACAAUGGUGUCAUCGAUGGGUCUUUGUUUAGCAAUGUUGUUACCAAGAAUAAAGAUCUGCCAGAGUCUGCGUGCAGGGACCUCAUCGUCUCCACCAUCGCUGUCAAGUACACUCAGUCCAAUUCUGUGUGCUAUGCCAAGAACGGUCAGGUUAUUGGCAUUGGAGCAGGACAGCAGUCUCGGAUUCACUGCACACGCCUAGCAGGGGAUAAGGCUAACUACUGGUGGCUUAGACAUCAUCCACGAGUGCUGUCCAUGAAGUUUAAAACUGGAGUGAAGAGAGCAGAAAUCUCUAAUGCUAUCGAUCAGUAUGUUACCGGAACCAUUGGCGAGGGUGAAGAUUUGGUGAAAUGGAAGGCACUGUUUGAGGAAGUCCCUGAGUUACUAACCGAGGCAGAGAAGAAGGACUGGGUUGACAAACUAAGUGAAGUUUCUGUCAGUUCUGAUGCCUUCUUCCCCUUCAGGGACAAUGUAGACAGAGCUAAAAGGAGUGGUGUGGCGUACAUUGCUGCUCCUUCCGGUUCUGCUGCGGAUAAGGUUGUGAUUGAGGCAUGCAAUGAACUGGGGAUAAUCCUCAUUCACACCAGUCUUCGGCUCUUUCAUCAUUGA